AUGGCUCGUCAACGACCCGGGGCUCGAUUAGCGAGCGAAGCCCCUUCCGAAACAUCCUCUUCAACAUCACCAGAACGCGCCGCAGAUGACGACACGGACUUCUUCAUGCCCCUGGCGAACGACUCACAAUCCUCGAUCGGAGUCGCGAAUUUCCGCGACUCACACAUGCAGAACAACCGAAAUGUUUCCAUGCCUCCGAUGGGCCGUCUCCCGCCCGAGAUUUUGAUCGCGAUAUUUUCAAAACUGGUUUCCCCCGCAGACAUGCUCAACUGCAUGUUGGUCAGCCGCAGAUGGGCCGCCAACUGCGUCGGGAUAUUAUGGCAUCGGCCAUCUUGCAAUAAUUGGAACAAUCUGAAGAGUGUCGCUGCGUCCGUGGGGAAUCCAGAUAGUCUAUUCCUUUAUGCAGAUCUCAUAAAGCGACUCAAUCUAUCCGCAUUGACUAAUGAUGUCAGCGACGGGACGGUGGUCCCCUUCGCUCAAUGCAAACGGAUCGAGCGACUAACUCUGACCAAUUGCUCCGAACUCUCAGAUAAGGGCGUCUCAGACCUCGUGGAAUGCAAUCGGCAUCUGCAGGCUUUGGAUGUAUCGGGCUUGGGUCAUUUGACUGAUCACACCCUCUACACAGUAUCAAGAAACUGCCCACGCCUGCAAGGUCUCAACAUUACUUCUUGCACUAAAAUCACCGAUGACGCUAUCUUUGUCGUGUCACAGAGCUGUCGUCAAAUCAAGAGAUUAAAACUCAACAGCGUUGCCAAUAUCACAGAUCGAUCAAUUCUUUCCUUCGCAGAGAAUUGUCCUGCGAUUCUGGAGAUUGACCUGCACGAUUGCAAACUCAUUACGAGCCCAUCAAUAACAGCACUUCUUAGUACACUGCGUCACCUACGGGAACUUCGUCUCGCACACUGUACCGAGAUUGGCGACUCGGCAUUCUUGAACUUGCCGGAGCACCUUACAUUUGACAGCCUUCGAAUCCUUGACUUGACAGCAUGUGAGAGAGUGAAGGAUGACGCUGUAGUGCGCAUUAUCGGUGCCGCGCCUCGUCUACGCAAUCUGGUCUUAGCCAAAUGCCGCUUCAUCACAGAUCGAUCUGUACAGGCGAUUUGUAAGCUGGGCAAGAACCUUCACUAUGUGCACCUGGGUCACUGCUCGAAUAUCACGGACACGGCGGUUAUGCAGCUAAUAAAAGCUUGCAAUCGAAUUCGAUACAUUGAUCUGGCAUGUUGCAAUCGCCUGACCGACAUUAGUGUACGGCAAUUGGCUACUCUACCCAAGCUACGACGUAUUGGUUUGGUCAAAUGCCAAGCCAUCACGGAUGAUAGCAUUAGAGCAUUUGCACUUCCUCCCCGAUCUAGUCAUCAACCGAUCAGUAAUCUUGAACGUGUUCAUCUCAGUUAUUGUACCCAAUUGACUAUGCAGUCUAUUCAACCACUGAUCAACAAUUGCCCCCGACUCACCCAUCUGAGUUUGACUGGCGUCCCAGAUUUCUUGAAUACAGCCCUCACGGCAUUCUGCCGUGAAGCCCCAGAAGAGUUUACGCAACAACAGCGAGACGUUUUCUGUGUGUUUAGCGGCGAAGGUGUAAUCCGACUGCGAGACUACCUGAACCAAGACAUGUCCAUAAUACCAGAUGGGACUGAAGCUACCAUGUUUGAUGAUGGCGAGGAACACGAUGAAGAUGCAGGACGAAUGACCGGCCUGAUGGACGCCACAGGCAUCAACGACGAAGAUUACAUCGAUGUCGAGACUUUCCAAUGA